GGUCCCAAAAAAUGACCGGGAUUUCGUUCAUGUUCCUGGUCAAUCGCUAUCUACUCCUCAUCGCUAUUAUAGCUCAGAUCUAUGGGGACUCUCCAGGAAAUGAUUCCAUCGCAAGUUGUACAGUAUGGGAGCGUUUUCAUUAUGUAUGUGGCAUCAUUACCGUGGUGACUACAAGUGGUCUGUUCACUAUGAGGGUGUACGCCAUGUAUGGACAUAGCCGAGGGAUCAUCGUUGUGGCUUCAGUUCUUGUCUUAGGAAGGCUUGCUGUUGAUAUUUGGAAUACUACGCUGUUGAAACAAGUGGAUGGCUCUAGCCUGAGCGCUAGCUUGUGGGACUUCCGAUGCAAUAAUGGAUUCACAGGCAACCCCGAGACAUAUAAUGAAGUACAACUCGCCACCGACACCCUAGCUUUGGCAUUCGACACAUUCAUCUUUGCAUUGACGCUGCGAAAGACGUUCUUUCAUGUCCGUGAAAUGCGGCGUCUAUCGCAAACGGGAAUCGCUGAUAUCCUUCUCCGCGAUGGAAUUCUAUACUUCCUAAUUGUCUUCUUGAUCACGGUAGUAGACAUGACUCUGCAUAUCAUCACCGUCGUAAGCCCCGAGCAAUCGUUGGGUACAUACUCAUUGACAUCCAUCAUGUCCUCGUAUUACGACUACAUGCCCAACCUCCUCAUCAACCGACUCGUCCUCAACCUUCGCAACUAUUCGACACCGCUACAUCAAGGUAUCAUCACCGAGCCCAACGACCUUCCGGACAUGAUGUUUCAGUCUCGCUCGAACCGAGUACUAGGAAACAUCGCAGCGCCGUUGGAUCACGGUCAGUGGAAGGAUACGUUCGGUUGGCUAGAGACGGAGGAAAGCGACGGCGGAAGCGGCGAUCCCGAAGAGCCAUUGGAUGGUACAACUGCCGGGGAGAGUUCUCUGCUGACAGACUCGGCAGAUGCCUCUGAGCGAAGAGCCAGUGUCGUGAUAGAGAUGGACGACAUGGUGCCACUUCCACACUCACCACCAAAUGACUUGGUCUGA